AUACGUCUUUUGUUUUGCUACCAUAUAUAAGGUGAAUGGUGUCGUGAAUUUAAAGUAAUUGAGUAAAACAUUUCAACAGAAAUGCGUUUCGUUUUUGUAAUAAUUAUGUUGAUAGUUCAAACCGGCGCUUCAAUGCCAAACGGUUUUCAAAAACCCACACGUUACGAUAACUUCGCAGUUUACAAAGUUUACGUAACUAAUCCUCAGCAACGAAACAUAAUCAACAGUUUGUUAAAAAAUACAGAUUUGUAUAAUUUAUGGCACAAUGGACAAAAAGAGAUGCAUAUAAUGGUAAAUCCCAAGCAGUUGCAAAACUUUAUAAGGAUCGUCAGUCGAGAGGGAUGGUUAACGGAGCUCUUGAUAACAAAUGUCCAAGCGUAAGUCCUACCUCCUUCCCAAAUACAAACAACUAAUUUACAUUUUUCAG